GAAGCACUCAACAGAUUCUGUUCGGUUUACUCAAACGUUGUACAUCAAAAUAGCGGUAAAGACUACCUGCGAAGGAGACUUAAAUUGGCGCAGAGAGUGGGUAUGGGUGUGUCAGAAUCAGAGGAAUUUUCUUUGUUACUGGACGAAAAGCUGCUUCGUUUCAUGGAGCAGCUGGAGUUACUGGAGGAGAAGCGAGCCACUUUCAACUCUCUCAUAGAGCAGGGGUGGUUUUCUAUGAGCAAGGCACGAUAUACGAUGGGAAACAAACAAGUCUCUGCGCUUCAGUAUGCGAGUGAGAUUGAGCCACUAGUCUGUGUUCAAACUAGGACACUGGACAAUGGUGAGGUGGUAUUCACCACUGAAAGAUGUACACAAACGUGUAGUAAAGAGUCUGGAAAAGAUCAGAGAGCUAUAGAGGAUAUAGGACCUCAAGAAGAAGAAGGUGUCAGGAGAAGAAACAGACCAAAAAGAGAGAUCGCAGAAAAAGAGGAAAGCAAGAGCACAAGUAGCGAGAAAGCUCCAGCUGGAAAACGUGACCAGAAUCCUCAGCAAGACCCACUGAAGUGGUUUGGCGUUUUGGUGCCACAGUCUCUAAAACAUGCACAAUCAUCUUUCAAGCAAGUAAUAGAACUGUCUGCUGAGAUCGCAGCACUCCAGACUGCAGUUUUGAGCGCCAGACAGGAGCUGAAACACAGCUUGCAAAACAAGCACACUCCAGGGGAAAGGCUCAGCAACUCAGCUGGACAAGGUAGCAGACAUAAUACUUCUGCUGAGUCAAAGCAGGAGGAGGCUGAAAAACAGCUUUCAGCCAAGGACAGUCAGUAGAUUAUGCUUCAGGGGCUCGUUAACUAAAAAGAGAUCUUCCUGGUGGAGCUGGAAGAGCAGAUCCCAGCAGUUCAAGCUCUUUCUGUGGAAAUCAUUGGUAAUUUAUUUAU